AUGGAAAUUGUUGAUGAAGUUAGCUCAGAAUGUGAAUUUGUAUCUGAAAACGAGGUGACGACUAAUGACAAAGGGAAAAAGAAAAAGACCUCAAACCCGAAAAAGGUUAAAAAACCACCUCGUGCUCCUUCUGCAAGUGAUUCCCCUUCUAUACAUGUGAGGAAAAGAAAAUCUAUUUGGUGGGGUCACUUUCAAGAUACAGGCAUUCCAGAUCUUGCAGAGUGUAUACAUUGUCAACGUAGGAUCGGUUGUGCAACUGUUUAUGGUACUUCCCCUCUGAAAAAUCAUGUCUUGAGUUGCAAAAAAUACCAACAAAAUAUUGAUAAGAAACAAAAGCUUAUUGAUCUCGAGUCCAAAACACAUGCAAGUGAUGAUGGUUCUGUUGAAACUGUAACAAUACUUAAGCUGUGGGAGUUCAACCAAGACAUAAUUAGGAAAGCCUUAGUUAAAAUGCUAAUCGUUGAUGAAUUGCCAUUUUCUUUUGUGGAACGUGAGGGUUUUCGUGAAUUUAUGAAGGUACUAAUUGGCAGAUCUGUUGAGCAAUGCUUGAUUAAAUGGGGAUUGAAAAACAUCUUGACUGUAACGGUUGAUAAUGCUAGCUCAAAUGAUGUAGCAAUUAACCAUUUGAAAAAGGUGUUUAACCAUUGA